AUGGCGGUGUCAGAGCCUUCCUCUCAACUUGGCAGUGAGGAUGAUUUGAUUGCCAUCCUUGACACUGGAUGCAAUGCGACGUGCCAUGGAAGCCAAUGGUAUGACCGCUUCAUCAAGGCCACUGGAGCUCCUGAAGCACAUCUUGACAACAUCGAGGGCUCCAACACGCGUGGCAUUGGUGGCAACAUGAAAGUCAGCGGACGUCGGCUUUUGGAAGUUUGCUUUGAGUUGGCCGACAGCACCUUUGCCCGAUCCCAAGCACCUUUGCUGCUGAGCCUUGAGACUCAACGUCAGCUUGGCUUCAAGAUCGACAUUCCCAACCAUGUCGUCUACAGCAGCACUCUUGGCAGUGAAUUGAAACUUGUGCAGCGUGAUGGACUUUUAGCAAUUCGAUUGAUUCCAAGUUACCUUGGAUUGAGCUGCACACAUGAAUCUGGUGACUCUGGUGAACAACAACUUCAUGGAAAAGAUGCUCAUGGCGAUCACCAGAACACCACACCAGAAGUUGAAGAAGAAGAUGAACUUCCACUCACCCCAGAAGUUCACUUGCCCGUCGAUGAGCUUUCCAAGACCGUCCUCACCAAGGGUCAGAAGAAACAGCUCAAGGACACGAUCCAAGAUGUCAAGGAAACUGACAACCACAUGUGGGACUGCCUACGCGCCACACACCAUCUUGGAUUUCGACGGCGCACACUCCCCAAGGGAUGCAAGACCUUUCUGCUAGAGAUUUUUGCUGGAGCUGCUCUUCUCAGCAUGAUUGCGGCAGAUUGUGGUCUACCUGUUUCACAACCUGUUGAUGUCACUCAUGACGGCAUCGACCUCAAAAUUCAUCAGCAUCGUGCCCAAGUUGAACGGCAGAUAGAGGCGGACGACCCCUACUGCAUCAGCUUUUCUCCGGUCUGUGGACCGUGGUCACCUUGGCAGUUUGUCAAUGCCAGCCGUGACCCCAGUUUUGCCGAACAUCUCCAUGAUAUUAGAAUGGAAUGGAGACCUGUGAUCAAGUGGAUCGUGAAGAUCAUACGACAGAGACUGCAAAGAGGACGUCAAGUUGUUUUUGAACAACCAUGGCCUUCGCAGAUGUGGAAUUUACUCUGCGUGCAGAUGCUUUUGCAAGAUGCCCCCACUGAUGCUGUGAGCGGCGAGCACCUGGAAGCUGUGCGGUGCGAUCAAUGCAUGUUUGGACUUGCCGAUGAGCAGAACUACAUGCCUCACAAGAAGCCCACUGGAAUCAUGACGGCAUCCGCCGGAGUCAAGCAGUGCCUCAACAUCACCUGCGACGGCUCACACCAACAUCACCGGCUGGAAGGAUCGAGCCGAACACACAAGGCUCAACACUGGCCUUUGGACUUUUGCAAGGCCAUCCUGACUGGACUUCUUCAGGAUUUGGAGACCAACAUGACCAAGGUCGCCUUCCCAGCCGAAGCUGUCGUGGAAGACAACCCACUGGGCAGUCUUGACAUGAUCUAUGAACCAUCUGACAUGGCUCUAGAGUCUGAUGGGAAGCACAGAGCUGAUGAUCAUGAACUACAACUGGAAGAACACCGUGAAGAAUCAGCUGAAGCUGUCGCUGCCCAAGAUGCCAUCAGAAAACAAGAAUGGCUGAAGUUGCCAUAUGCCCAGCGAGUUGCUGUCAGACGUCUCCAUCAGAUGACUGGACACGCUAGCACUUCAGCGAUGGGCAGAAUGCUGCGAGUUGCAAGAGCAUCACCUGAAGUUCUCCACAAGUUGAAGUUUUUCAAGUGCGAGGCCUGCCAACAGACCAAACGUCCUGAGCCUCGCCCUGUUGUCCGGCCUCCCAUUCCAUACACCUUCAACCAUGAGAUCUCUGCCGAUUGCCUAGAAGUGAGAGAUGCCAUUGGAAACCGCUACACUGUCUUCAGUGUGAUUUGCUUGGGAACCCUCUAUCACUGUGCCUGGAUUGUUUCUGAUCAAGGCGGCACACCUAGCAGCUUGAAAUGUGCCGAAGCCCUACGUGAUGGAUGGCUCACCAUUUUUGGUGCACCGAGGUUCCUGACUGUCGACAGAGGAGUGGCAAACCGUGGACGUCUUGCAGAGCUUGUCAACUCCCAAGGCAUCUACUUGCGUUUUGCAGGAAAAGAAGCUGCACAUCAAAUCGGCAGAUGUGAACGACAUGGAGGCAUCCUCAAGGAGUCAUUUGCACAUGUGGACUCCAGUCAGAAAGUGCGAACUGCACUGACGCGGAGAUCAACACCUCUCCGUGGACCAUACCAUCCUGGUGAUCUCCUGUGCUUUCACCGAGAAGGACGAUGGUAUGGGCCUGCACGUAUGAUUGGACGUGAAGGCCGCUCCAACCUUUGGCUGAUCCAUGGCGGCAUCCCCAUCGUCAUUGCUGAGGAGAAGGUGAGACCAGCCUUAGCUGGUGAAGUCAUUGCCAAGCAGCUCACCGAGCUCAAACCUCAACGCAAACGCAAGCGACAAGUCUUGCAAGACGAUGUGGGAGAAGAUGAAGUUCCAUUUGGAGAUGAUCUUGAUCCAUCUGUUGGAAUUGGAGAUGAAGACGACCAAGGAUCCUUCUUCCAUCUUGGUCGUGGCGGUGGAGAACAACAACAAGCUGAAGAAACUCCUGUGAUUCCUGCUCUCUCUCAACCUGAUGUUCAACCUCAACAACCUGAACCUGAGGAGCAGAUUCCCUAUCCUGAUGUCACUGGUGGAGAAAUUCUGGUGGACCUGGACUCCAAUGGGAUGGACUCUCAGCCACCUGGACUUGUGGCUCCAUCCAUGUCGCAACACCCUCCUGGAUUUGAGGAAGAUCCCUUGUUGCGACCGCCACCUGGACUUGUGGCUCAGUCACCUGGACUUGUGACACCACCAGUUCCACCUCCACUGGAAUUCAAUGACAUGGAUGAAUUCAUGCAGGAGUCCUACACUCCAACAUCGCCAAUUCCAACUCCCGAUGGUCCAGCCCGUGAUCGACUUCUCACGGAAUUGGAACCUGAUCAAGAGAUGGUGCCACCAACUCCAGCGCCACCAACUCCUGAAGGAGCUCAUAGAGUUUCAGAACUUCAAGAAGCCAUAACUCCAAAGAAAGCAGUCAAGAAGAAGAAGGGCAACAAGGAAUUGAACUAUGGAAAGUCUGAUGAUGCGCUACGUCAAAAGAUUGACCAAGCACGAGCGAAGGAAUGGCAGAAUUGGUCCAACUUUGAUGCAUGUGAUGUCAUUCCGCCAGACAAGGCAAAAGACUUCCUAGAUGCUCACCCUGAUGCACAAGUUCUACCAACACGUUGGGUUGAUGUUGACAAAAGCGAUGGUGGUGAAGAAGCCUUUCUGAAGUCAAGGCUUGUGGUGCGUGGUGAUUUGGAAAAGGACAAUGAGUACCGCACCGAUUCACCAACUGCCAGCCACCUCAUGCUGAGUUUGAUUUUGAGUUUCUGUGCCUGCUUCAAUCUUAAUCUCCACUGCGGAGAUAUCACUGCUGCAUUUCUCCAAGGGUUUGGUUUGGCCAGAGUGCUCAUCCUGAGCAUGCCCUGGGAUGGAAUUCCUGGACUUCCAAAGGGUUCCUUGCUCCGAGCCAAGAAACCAGUCUAUGGAACAAGAGAUGCGCCACGUGGAUUUUGGCGAGCCUUACACCGAACUCUCCUCCAAGCUGGCUUCCGAGCCGUCCCUCAUGAACUAGGUGCAUAUGUGAUGAACAAGCCGAAUGGCGAAAUUGAUGGUUUGCUUGUUUGUCAUGUUGAUGAUUUGCUUUGGUGUGGUGGUGAAGCCACACAGAAAGCGAUGGAAGUUGUUCAGCAGAAGUUGAAGUUUGGAAAAGUGGAAGAAUCCGAGUUCAAGUAUUGCGGUCGUGUGAUAAAACAAACUGAGAAAGGCAUCGUUGUGACAUGCCCUCAUGGACUUGAAAAGACCAGGCCAAUCCAACUGAGCACUGGUCGGAAACGUGACCGCAUGUCUCCAGCCACCACCGAAGAGCAAGCGCAACUUCGGAGUGUUGUUGGAUCAUUGAACUGGAUAGUCAGAGUUUGCAGACCAGAUUUAGCAUACGAUACCAAUCACUUGCAAACAUGUGCUCAAUGUCCUGUGGUUCAAGAUUUAGUUGAAGCCAAUGCCUUGCUGCGUCGUGCCCAAAUGACGCGCGACCAGGAACUUGUCUAUGGAUGGAAUCAAUUUGAUUUCAACAAGCUGGAGAUCAUUUCUGUGACUGAUGCGAGUCAUGCUGCUGAUUUCGAUGUGGACAAGAAUGGCAACAAAAUGGGUUUCAGAUCUCAGUCUGGACGCGUGCUGCUGAUUGGUGGACCAGAAGUGAUGAAAGAUGGAAAAGGGCCAGUUCACCUUUUGAGCUGGAAGAGCCAAGUGAUCCGCCGAGUUUGCAGAUCAACACUUCAAGCUGAAAGUCUGAGCAUGUUGUCAGGCUACGAAGAGGCUGAGCACUUGCGAAUGGUGCUGCAUGGACUUCGAAAAGACCAUGACCCUCUGGACCCAAGCUGGAAGGUUGAAUCGAAAGACAUGGUGACGCUUCACCAAGUCACUGAUUGCAGAUCCCUGAAGGAUCACCUUGUGCAGGUUUCUGGAGGCGAAGUGAAUGACAAGAGAUUGGCGAUCGACAUAUGUGGAAUGCGGCAAAUGAUCUGGCGAGAGAAUGGGCAAAGCUAUGGCGAUACGAUGCUGAAUGAGAAACCGCCUGAGAAUGGAACAACGCGUGUACAGUGGUGUAAUACCAAAACCAUGCUGGCGGAUGGUGACCAUUGCCACGGCACGUGGCUCAAGCGCACCGGCCAAAACAGGUGCUGA